AUGCACGGGAUCCCCCCGGCCCCAAUAACAAAUAUCCGAUACCCCCAGCCCCCCCACCCUACACCAUCAUACCACCCCCGACGGGUGCCAUGCCCCCAAACAUUAGGUGCCAGGACUAUCAUGUGCACCCCCCCACUAUCAUAUGCCCCCCCCCCACCCUGUCAGUCCCAAUAUCGCUCCCCCCCCCAAUCCCCCCCGUCGCCGAUUCCCAACACAAAACAUCCCCCCCCAAACACAACAACUCCGUAUAAAAGGCUGGAUCUCAACAUCCUACCCCGCCAAGCUGCUUCCCCCCAACCCCCCGACAAACAGCAAAGACGCCCAUACACUGCAGACUCUCAUGACACAAACGCACUCACCAGUCCGUCAUCGAUACGCCUCAGGCGGCCUACACCCAUCCGCCCCCCCACCCCGGUCCCCCACCCCAUAUCCCCACCAGAACUACCCAUGAAUCCACCAUAA